ACUGUGGCUGAGAUUGAACUUCUGUACCCAAGAAGACAGACGCUCUUUGCUGCCAUUACAGCUCGUUAGAUCAUGGCUUUCUGUACCGAAACAUCCCUCCAGGGUCCCAGCCGCCUCCUGGUCAUCUUGGCCUUCACACAUGUGGCAUUGUGUGCAGAGCCGAGAAUGCAUUACCCGGUGCCUUACCAAGCAGUCAAGAAAGGCAGCACUGUAGUGCUGACAUGCUCCACAGACAUGCAACACUUCUUAAACGACACCAUCACAUGGUACCAGGCACCGAGGAAAUCACUCAGUCAACUGAAUUGUAAUGGUAUGAUAACAACAUACCAUAAGAAACCCCAUUUCUACCUGAAGUUUACAGAAGCCAAACCUUGCCACAGUGGAACAUACUUCUGUGAGAUGGCUUCGGUCAGAACUCAGAAAACUCGGUGUGGAAUAGAACUGAAUGUGGUGGACGAAUCCUUGGAUCUGGAGACUUUGAAAAGCAAGUACUUCAUGAAGGACAUAUUGAUUGUGGUCCAGGGUGUGCUGUUGAUGCUGUGCCUCUCGUUACCAGCCUUGCUGCUCUUUACCAGGGACCACGGUGAGGAGGGUGAGCAGGAGGAGGAGGGCAUGGACCACAUGUAUGAGGGGCUGGACGCUCUGCAGGCAGCCAUGUAUGAGGACAUCGGCAACGUGAGACUUAUGGACAUGAAAAUGUCAACUGGGGAGCAGCCCCGGAAAUAGCCACCUCACCACGGACUCACAAGCAAGUUCUCGGCUGAUGUGAUCACAGCACUAACAAUAUCAUUGAAACAAGAGCCAUUAUGGGCACAAAAUGGCCAGAGUUUGGGGGUGGUUCACAGCUGGCUCUGAGUAAAUGGUACAAAUGGAUAGUGGAACCUUUAACCAGCUGUUGAUCAUACCUCCCAAUAUCAUGCCUCCCAAUAACACAGGUGGGGAGUUUGGUGAGGAGAUGGAUUUAGUGACUUUCUGAGACAGUUGUGCUGUUUUGUAUCAUCAGCGGAUUCUAGGUUUCACUGUAGAUCAUAUAAUUGUACAAGAUGUGAAACUUUACAGAUGUCCUGACCACCACUGACACUGUGAUCCACUUCCAAGCCCAUCAGUAGAGAGCCUCAGACUCUGUAUAUAUCACACACUGUAUAAAUAACUGAGUUAGAAGUUUAGUCACAAGACUACAAAUUCAGCAUUGGAUUAUCAAUAAUAUAAGCUUAGACUAGAGGUAGAUUCUAUCAUUGUCUCCUCUUAUGCAGACUGCUAGCAAAUGAUGGAUGGUUGAAUUUAGGCUGUUUAUCUGCCAGCUCCUCAGUCAGUCUAUUCUAUAAGGAUUUUUUUUGUCAGCCUGGUGCCUGAUACAUGCUUAAAC